GCCACCGUCUGAGCCUUGCUAGUCACGUGGCCCUGCAUCAGCUGCUGUAUGGGGGGUGGUGCUGCCGGAGAGGUUGCGGUCGGCAAAAUGGAAGGGGCGCUGGAGACGCAUUUGGAAGACACGAUGAAGAACCCCUCCAUUGCGGGAGUCCUCUGCACCGAUUCUCAGGGGCUGAAUUUGGGCUGUCGUGGCACUCUCUCAGAUGAGCAUGCAGGUGUAAUAUCUAUUUUGGCCCAGCAGGCGGCAAAAUUAACUUCUGAUCCAACAGAUAUUCCUGUUGUAUGUCUUGAAUCUGACACUGGCAAUAUCAUGAUCCAGAAGCAUGAUGGCAUCAUAGUGGCAGUACAUAAAAUGGCAUCUUAAUCUUACACAUUCACAGUAUUCAUUGCUCUUCAAGAAAUCACUGUGGAACUGUCUUCUGCCAAUUAAUACACAUGGGAUAUCCAGACUCAUGAAGUCAGAACCUAGUUGAAUCUGUAAACAUCCUCACUUGCCUACCUUGGUACAGAGUGCAGAACUUUCAUCAUUUCAUCUUUUGAGUAAUGAAGCACUUUUUUAUUUCUGGAAAGAGAGCAACUUAACAGAUCACCCCAAUGUUAGAGGAACUCAAAAAAUUAUUGAGGACGAAUAAUGUAUUCUAUGUUGACUAAAUAUUGUGCUUCUACAGUCCUCGAUGUAGCAGAAGAAUAUGUCCUCUUCCUUGGCCCAUUGAAACAAAGUCUAUUUCAUCUCAAGCUUGGCUCUUGAUAACUAACAUGGCCAUAUUUAUGUGGCUUUGUUGACGUCAAAUGCAAUAGGUGAGCCAUGGCUGCCUUCACUGAGAUGCUUUUCAAUUUUUCACCCUAGUCUAUAGCUUUGGAUUUCCUAUCUCAGUCCAAAUACUGAUCACAACCAAAUCAACAUAACAUUCUAGAUCAGUCAAGGAUGGUCAAAUAUUGCCACCUUGCAA